AAAAUAAAUAGAUGAAUAAAUUAACAAACGUAAAAGGUACAAGUUGCCUUUCCUUAGUAGUCUCCUGCCCUCUCUCCAUGUCUGGUAAAAGGGAAAACAUCCUCUCUGCUCAGUUAACCAGCUCCUCUAGAAAUCCCACACAAAUCCUAAGUAGUGAACCUCAAGACAUUUUUAGCGUUUAGCUGUGAUGCUGCAGCUCAGCCAGAGUCCUGAGUGAGUCAGCUUCUGCUCGCUAUGCGUCCCUGCAGCCCGCCUAUUUUGCCCACUCACUUUCUCUCCUUUCUGUUCCACUCAAAGCUUCUCACUCCCACACAUAUUGCUACUUCUUCGGCCGAAAUGGGGGCGAAGGAAAGCCACGACAAGCAGAAAGGAAAGUGGACGGACGAAAUAGCAACUUAUCAGGACGGUAUAUGCGCCGUUUUACGAAUGGGUCGCCGCUUAAAUAAUAAUAGUGACAAUAAAUACAUUAAAGCCGAUCAAGUUGUGGUCCUGAAGCACAGGGGCAAAAUGGCUGGACAUUUUCUCCUCAUUUAGGAAGAGAGGGACUGCUGUCAGCUUCUUUCAAGGAGAGAAAGAUUGAUCACCGCUUUUUUUCUCCACUUUUUUCUCCUCUGACCCUCCCCAAAAUGUUCUCUGCUCUGCUCAGCUCUGCCCUUAAUCUUUAUAAAUAUCUAUAUAUGUGCCUUUAUGUCAAGCAACUCGGCACGAUCUUACUUACAGUUAACAUUGUCUUGUUGAUGGCCUCUUAUGUUUUAUAACAGGGGAGGAACAGGGGCCCACUCCUUAUUUUUUUUUGCUACUGCAGUGCAACCCCACUCUGAACCUACACAUUUUAACAGACCCACAUAUACACGAGGGUGAGAGAGGAACCAGGGGCCGCUGUGUGAACCCGUGAAAAUAUGGCCUUUUAAUAAUCUUUCACAUUCUCUCCUCCUGAGCUGUUGCACCAGCCAAAAUCCUCUCCAUAUUUCUACUGCCUAAAUUGUCAAUUUUCAGCCAUUGUCAUUCUUCCUAAGAUUAAUGAGCACAGUUUUUUUCACUUUUUUCAGGGAGAAAACAUAAACGUUACCGACUACCUCCGUUGACCUGCUGUGAACAGCCAUUACAUCACCAAGAAGCCUGUGCACAGCUCUAUUGUUAGAGGGAUCCACCGGUCAGGAUGUGCUGAGCUGCCGCCCACGCUGCACACAUGGCAACCGGCCCUGUCGCUUUUUUUCUAAUUCACCCUGGUAGGACAGAACAAUGGCAGAUAGGCUCUCUCUGCCUCAGCUUUUGGAGAAAAUAAUAAUAAUGCUUCACACAGACAUCACAGCCGUUGGGCCCGGCCCAUCGAUUGGCUGUUUUGCGCCACGUGACCAGGAAUUGGCUGCAAUUUCGUCCCAUAGUUGUUCAGUUUAGCCUACCCAGGUCCCCAUACGCUUCUAUUAUAACCAAUAUACACAAUUAUGAUAUAGCCACCGCAUUUACACCACUGCGGUCAGAAGCCUAAAUGCUGCUGCGUUUUUAUUUUAAUUUUUAUCACGCAUCGUUUAUUUUCUUAAUCAGUCAUGUUUUGUGGUGUGCGCGUGCACGCGUGCGCUGUAGGCCUAUGAGGGUUUUAUUGUUAUUAUUAUUUUUAUUUUAUUUCGGGAAGGGGAUUAUUCUGGGCUCUCGUCGUUUAGGGAGGGCACUCGCCUGAGGAAGCUAUGAAUUUUGAAUUUGAGAGGGAGAUCGGGUUUAUAAACAGCCAGCCGUCCCUUGCAGAGUGCUUGACGUCCUUCCCCGCCGUCCUGGAGUCAUUUCAAACUUCAUCAAUCAAGGAGUCGACAGUAAUUCCGCCUCCCUUCGAGAACACCAUCCCCAGCUUGAGCCCUUGCACAGCCACCCAGCCGAAACCAGCGUCUGGGAGCCAGCAAAGCCGGAGAAGUUCUGCUAAAAAUGACCACCAGACGCAUAACCGCGCCGUCCAGCAGCAAUGCCCGCCUGGCCAAGCCCCUGCACCGGCCACGCCGCCUGGUCCCCUGGCCCACGAGUUUCCCUGGAUGAAAGAGAAGAAGUCAUCCAAGAAAUGCCCAAAGCCUGGAUACAGCUCCAGCGGGGGAGGAUCUAUCAUCACACCGGCAUCAUCCUACCCUUCGCCAAACGCCUCUGGGUACGCUUCCGCGGGCGUCGAGUCACCCACAGCAGACUCAAGCCACGUUUGCCUGGAUGUCGGAGGAGCCGGGUCCCGCCGGCUGCGCACCGCCUACACCAACACACAGCUUUUGGAGCUGGAAAAAGAGUUUCACUUCAAUAAGUACUUAUGUCGGCCGAGGAGAGUGGAGAUCGCCGCUCUGUUAGAUCUCACAGAGCGGCAGGUCAAAGUUUGGUUUCAGAAUCGGAGGAUGAAACAUAAGCGACAGACCACGCACCACCGGGAUGGCAGCGGAGGAAGUCCAUGUUCCAGCGGAUAUGAGCCGCUCGAAGGUACCGAUGCAUCGUCUCCGUACUCCAGCCAGCCGCUGGAAGCAUCUGUCACAGGGGAAAGAAUAACAGAGGGCGAGCAGCGGACCGAUUCUGCGCCAUCGACCACUAUUUCCAGCGCCUAUAGAACCAAUGACAACGGAGACAAAGCACAACCCACGCAGGAGGACGCAGACCCUGUUAAUCUGCUGCAGUCCAGGACAUCUGGCUCAACGGACUCUGCUGGAGCUCCGCACUCCCCGGCAAACGCAGCUGACAUCACCGGACUGAGACACCGCAGCGGGGUUGGGAAUGCACCGGGGCACGACCCGUCUUUUUUGGAUCAUCGGGAUGCAUCCAUCCCUUCAUCUGAUUGCCACGCAUCCUCUUCGUCAUCGACCGCUCUAUCCGACCUGACACUCUUCACCGAGGACACUUGCUUGUCUCCCAGCCUGCAAAGCUCCCUGGAUAGCCCAGUGGAUUUUUCCGAGGAGGACUUCGACUUGUUUACAAGCACACUGUGCACCAUCGAUUUACAACACCUUAACUUUUAAAGUUAGCAACGGUUUAGCAAGGGGGAUAUAAUAGAAAGAUAAAACAGACCAGGUAAUGGAACAAUCAGCAAAAAAACACUCGAAAGGACAGUUGUUAACAAAGCUUCUCGCCAGCAGUCCUGUAAGGUUGAUGAUUUUCGAAAAGUUGCUCUUUUUCAUCCAAAAUUCCUUUGCGCUUUUUGUUGUUAUUUGGUUACGGCUGUAAUUAUAGAUUAACAGACACUGGCUCAAAUUAUUAUUAUUAUUAUUAUUAUUAUUAUUAUUAUUAUUAUUAUUAUUAUUAUUAUUAUUAUUAUUAUUAUUAUUAUUAUUAUUGCUGUUGCUGCAAACAUGGAAAGAACGUAGCGUGUUAUUUUUGUUUUGGCCAAGUUAUAUUCUGCUCCCCUUAAGCAAAAUCAGGUGCUAUUUCACCUUGGAUGUUUGCGAUUGCUUUUUAAUCUAAAUUUAGAUUUUUCUAAUUGGUAAGAUGAUUAACUUAUACUGGUCUGUUAGUCUGUUUUUUUUUUAACUCAGGAACUGGUCACAGCAGGACUGCUUUGGAAAAUAAAUCUAAACUGAGGAAUAAAGAGUUUUCUCUGCUGCUGAAGAGUCGAGGCAUUGACCUUAGUUUAUUUAUUAAGAUUCUUUAAUAGUGAAAAUCCAAAUAAUUUAUUGUACAAAUAUUUUCAUAGUGGGAUGAUAAUAAUAAAGAAUAAAAGUAUAAACAUUCAAAA